UCGCUUUCGCUUUUAAUCACAAAAUAAAACAUCUGGAAAUGUUCAGCGGUGUGUUCAUUGAGCUUACUUUGUGUUACUGUGUAAUGUAUUUAUUCCACGUGUUUAAAUAUGGCCGCCCCAGCAAGGCAAGUUUCUGGUGGUGCAGAGACGUAUUUUGCAAAAAAACUCGCUAGCAAUGAAAAAACUGUUCGAGACAAAGCUGUAAAGAAGUUAAAGAUUUGGAUAUCAACGCGGCACUCGACAUCAUCAGGUCUUUCUGAAAGUGAUAUGUUGAAACUUUGGAAGGGUCUCUUUUACUGUAUGUGGAUGUCUGAUAAACGUAGUGUACAGGAAGAACUAGCAGAAAACAUUGCCCAGCUUCUCCACUGCUUUCAAAAAACUACUGCAGGUUUGGAGUAUAUUGAUGGCUUCUAUAAAACAAUUUGCAGAGAAUGGCAUGGAAUAGAUCGAUUGCGAUUGGAUAAAUUUUAUCUGUUAAUUCGAAAAUUUGUGUACCAGACUUUUGUGUUUCUGAAGAACAAUGCUUGGAACAAUGAGACUAUAGAGUCUGUCAAUAAAAUGUUGGAAGAUGGACCAUUAUCUUCUAGUGAAUAUUGUCCUGAUGGUGUAAAGAUUCAUAUCAUACAAGUGUUUAUUGAGGAACUUUUGAAAUGUUCAACUAACCAGAUUCCAAGUUCCGCUAUUUCUCAACUACUACAACCUUUCAUUAAACUACUCGCCACUUCGACGAACAAAGUUAUCACGAAAACUGUGGCAGAGGAAAUAUUUACUCGGCUGUCUCAGAAAGUUGCGGACGAUCGGGAACAGGAUUUUUUCUUAAAGGUGGAUUUUGUAUCGAUAAGUGACCAAUUUUUCUCUUGGGCCAGCCGUAAAGACAUACCAGUACGAAACAGACAGCUUUUAUACCACUUCAAUGACAAAUUUAGAACAGCCUCGAAAAAUUGUUGUGAAAGCCAUGAUAUUGAAGAGAACGGCAAACAUGGAUCGCCGAGCGAGCCUGAGGGAAACUGUAACGGAAAUGACGAGGCAAGUUUAAGUAACUGUGAUGCAACUUCCAUGGACAUUGAUGUGGAUGUAGAUUGUGAAGUUAUCGUAAAGAGAAAGAAGAAAGGCGGAAAACGAAAACAAAAUAAAACUGUGGAAGGUAAUGUUCAUAUUUCGGACAUGGAUACAUCUUCUGUCAAUGAACUCGUCAAGAACAAGAAGAGUGGAAAAGAGAAAAUUAACCAGAAAUCUCCAGAUUUAGAAAUGGAGAUUAAAAACAAAGUUUUAGACGAUGACAACACCGCAGUCAACGAAGAUAGUAGGAUACAUGAGAAAAAUGAUAAGUUUGCAAAUGAAUGCUCCAUGCAGAAGAUAAGAAAAUGCAAGAAACGUGAGGGUGUUCUUGAGUCGAGAAGUGAACAGAAAUCGGACAUGAUUAAUGUUGAACCCAAAUCAAAGAGAAAACGUGAAACACCUUUUGAAAAGAAACCUUGUGAGGAAGUACACGAGAAUGGUAAAUCGAGUAAGAAGAAAAGAAAAUCCAACCAAAAAGCUGUUGUUUCUCAGUCCAGUAAUGAGAAAGAAUCAGUAGAAAACGAGAAUAAUAAAGAUUGGUUAGAAAUUAUGGAUAACACUUCCGACUCUUUAGACGGAUCGUAUUUGAGUACACUCCCGAAACAAGCUCGAAAUUAUACGCCGGGAAAAGUUGCCAAAACUGAAAUGAUCAAGUCUGGUUCGAUAGUUCGGAAUACCGAUGAUAAGAAAUCCGACGUUGGAACUGGUUUAAGUGCAGCUACACAAGUAGUGGCUAAUGGUAAUACUAUAGAUAAUGACUCCAAUGAGACUACCGAAACCAGAAAGAACGAAGAUGGUAAUUUGUCUCCUGAUUCAAUGCCACUGGCUAUGUUUCUUCGCCACUCGCAAAAGAAAGUGAAAGUAGCCACUGAACCAAAAACAAAGAAGGAAAGAAAACAAUUGAUGUUGUGACCAUGGAAUAGCCAAUAAAACUUGCAUACAAGCUGAAAAGGUCUAUUAUGUGUAAAACUACAAAACAGGAAAUAUUCUCGAUUGUUUAAAAUUGAUUAACGAUAGAGAAAUCGAAGAGUAUCAAAUAUUUUUUUCUGUUAUUCAGUAACGAGAAUGAACUGCAUGCUAUACAAACGUUCUUUCGUGCCCUCUGAAAUCAGAAGUUUUGUAAAAUAUAAAUAAUACAAGACUAGGGCGAAGGAGGUUGCUUACAAAAACAAGGUUUCCAUCUCCAAUAAAUGGUUUAUGAGGUAAAUUAAGGAAAAGGUUAAUUUCAUAUAGAAACAAAAGUUCUGAAGUGUAUAGCUAUGAUGUCAAAUAUUCCCAAAUUGGGAAUAGAAAGCCUCGGACUGAUAAAUCGGUCGGGUGGCGUUAGACUACACAAUCAUGCAUGUCUAUUAUUUUUAUAUUGUGAGCGCAAGUAAUUGAUUGUUUAUGCAUGGUAAUGGUUUUAGCACGAUGGGAAAUUAUAUGGUUCAGGCUAUUUUUCAGAUCCCAACAAGUGCGCGUUUUAUUACAUACGAGGAUGACAAAAUUAGGGUUAUAAAACAAUGCAGUAGUCUAAAUAUAUAUAUUGAAUAGCGUGAUAUAGGUUUCCCAGGCGGAUUGAUUGAUGAAAUUUACACUAAACUUGCAAUGAUCGUUCGACUAUCUGUUCGGGUUAUUAUCCUUCAUUCCUCCAUUUUGAACCUGUGCGUCACUGUCUUGCUGCACGUUAAAGUUUAAUUCAAGCGAUUAGUU